ACUACCCAUUUCCAUUUCCUUGAAUCUUGAUUAAUGGAGUAGUUAAGCUCUCUCCAUCGCUGCGGAAUCUCUUUAAACCUACUUACUACUUACUGCAUUGUCUGCUUUCUCUCUUCCCUGCCCUCUUUAAUUUGUUUAUGGAAACUCAUACAGUCACCGGUUUCUUGAAGCUUACUUCAUUCUCCACUUUACUCGCACUCCAAUCAUACUAGCUAGCUAGGGAAGAAAUAAUGGAGAAGCAGAGGAGUUUCUCCAUCAAGCCCACUCGAUUCUUGCUUUUUACAUAUACAAUCUCUUUAUCCAUCGUCUUUCUAAUCUUCUUUUCCGUCUGGCUCCUCAAAAUCUCUCCUUCCCCUCAAGAAAACCAUCUUCAGCUCAACCCUGCCACCUUGGGUCCAAUCGUCGGGAGUACUGUUCAUGUUCAAGAAAAUGGUUCCCCAGUUGCGGAGGAACAUGAGAGUGAAUUCUCAGUUCAAGAAGAUGCAGGCGAGAGUAAAUUCGCGGCUGCGAGGGAUGUAUUGAAUGGUAACUUUACCAUUACUGCCGCAUAUUUUUCUUCAAUCAUUGUAAAUAAUGAUACACUUCUGGAUGAUACCCACUUGACAAAAUCUGAUUUAGCUGUAAAUCAAUCUGAAAAUGUUCAAGACUGUGGAAAGGGUGGUAGUAAUGGUGUUCACUGUAAUAGUAGCUCCAAUAAUAGUAAGCAACAACAUUUCUCAGAUACUACUUUUUCCAAGAAAAUAAGAGGCCCAAGAAGUAGUAGUAAUGUGAUUGAGAAGAAUAAGAAGAAGAAGAAGAUUAAUGGAAGAAGAGUUUGUGAUGUCACAAUAGGGAAAUGGAUUAUUGAUGAGAGCUACCCUUUGUACACCAAUAUUUCUUGCCCUUUUAUAGAUGAAGGGUUUAGUUGCCAAGCUAAUGGAAGACAUGAUAAAGACUACAUGAAAUGGAGGUGGAAACCUCAAGAUUGUGACAUUCCAAGGUUUAAUGCUACUCACAUGUUGGAAUUGAUAAGAGGGAAGAGGUUAGUAUUUGUUGGGGAUUCCAUUAACAGGAACCAGUGGGAGUCCAUGUUGUGCUUGUUGAUGGGAGCCAUCAAAGACCCCAAAAAAGUGUAUGAGACCCAUGGUCGAAGAAUAACCAAAGGGAAGGGAAAUUACAGUUUCAAGUUUGUGGACUACAAAUGCACAGUUGAAUUCUACGUUACACAUUUUUUGGUUCGUGAAGGUAAGGCAAGGAUAGGCAAGAGACGAGGUCAGACUUUGCGUAUUGAUGCCAUUGACAGAGGGUCAUCUAGAUGGAGUAAUGCUGAUAUUCUGGUUUUCAACACUGCACAUUGGUGGUCACAUCACAAAACAAGAGCAGGGAUCAAUUAUUACCAGGAAGGGGAUCAAGUUCACGCCCGGCUUGAUGUUUCAACAGCUUUCCAAAGAGCUCUAAUGACUUGGGCAUCCUGGGUUGACACACACAUCCAUCCUAGGAAGACACAAGUUUUCUUCAGAACUUCUUCGCCCUCUCAUUUCAGUGGUGGGCAAUGGAACACUGGUGGCCAUUGCAGAGAAGCUUCUCACCCUCUCAAGAAGAGUUAUAGCACGGCUUAUCCCAAGAAGAAUAUGAUCGUGGAACAGGUCAUAAGGCAGAUGAAAACUCCAGUAACCAUUCUAAACGUUACUGGUUUGUCAAAUUAUAGGAUAGACGGCCAUCCAUCUACAUAUGGAAGAAAAGCUGGUAGCAAGUCUGUUGUCCAAGAUUGCAGCCAUUGGUGUCUUCCCGGGGUUCCUGAUACUUGGAACGAGAUAUUGUAUUACCACUUGCAACUUACUCAACAGCUAGCACAGAAUCAAAUUGAUCAUCUCAGUUUGAUUUGAUAGAUUUGUUAUUCUUUUAUUUCUUUCUUCCCUAUAUGUUUCUGCACAGUGUUCAAUUAGAAUUGCUUGUUUUACUCAAAACAAAAGGUUUACAAGUAUUACUGUACUUACUCCUGUGUGUACAGUCUAGAAUUUGGUGGACAGGAAUGGGGUAGUGAUGAGCUUUAUUGGUUAAGGUUGUAGCAUAAAGUGGGCUGAAAAUUUCAAGAAAUGUUUCCAAAAGAGGUUA